GGAGGGUUCGCUGCGUGGGUGCGCGCCCCGGGCUGUGAGGACUUGGCUGGUACUAGAGAGAGGUUCCCCGUUUACUGCCAGCUUCAUGCAGGAGACGUCGGGAGAGAAUGUACCAUUUUAAACGGCAAGAAGAUGUCAGCGUAAGGUGGUUUCACCAUAGGGUCCACAUGGAAACGUCAUCCUAUUGAAAGUUUACCAGCAGCUGUGCUAGUUUCCGCAUGUUGACCAGUAAGAAUGCGGUUCACGGUGAGGAAGGUGCUGUUAGUGUUUGGCUUCAUUGUUUUGGUGGCCUUAGCCGUGCAUCUUGGCCAGCAAAUGCUGGAAUGCCAACAGAUUCUAGAUGAAGGUUAUAAUAGAAGGAAUUGGGGUGUCAUGAAGCCGGAAAGUGAAGAACUUGUGAUGAUGGAUGCCAACAACAUCGAGUACAGAUACAGUAAGAACAUGCCUCUUAUAUUUAUCGGGGGAGUGCCCAGAAGUGGUACCACCUUAAUGAGAGCAAUGCUGGAUGCUCAUCCAGAUGUCCGCUGUGGAGAAGAGACGCGGAUUAUUCCCCGGAUUUUAGCAAUGCGCCAAGCCUGGUCGAAGUCUGGCAGUGAAAAGAUGCGUCUUGAUGAAGCCGGUGUAACGGAUGGGGUCAUGGACGCCGCAGUGCAGGCCUUUAUACUAGAAAUUAUAGCAAAACAUGGAGAACCUGCCAAACUAUUAUGUAAUAAGGAUCCCUUCACUUUGAAAUCAUCAGUUUACCUCUCCAAACUGUUCCCCAAUUCCAAGUUUCUGCUGAUGAUUCGGGAUGGACGUGCAUCUGUACAUUCCAUGAUAACCAGAAAAAUAACCAUAGCUGGCUUUGAUCUAAACAGCUAUAGAGACUGCCUGACCAAGUGGAACAAAGCGAUCGAGAUCAUGUACGCCCAGUGCUUAGAGAUCGGGGAGCACAAGUGCCUUCCGGUGCAUUAUGAACAGCUAGUUUUACAUCCUAAGCAAACCCUGCAUGCCAUUAUUGAGUUUCUGGGCAUCCAAUGGAAUGACGCAGUGCUUCACCAUGAGGAACUGAUUGGAAAACCAGGAGGCGUAUCCCUCUCCAAGACUGAAAAGUCAACAGACCAAGUAAUGAAACCUGUGAAUCUUGAGGCCUUGACUAAAUGGGUUGGAAAGCUUCCAACAGAUAUAGUAGAGGACAUGGCUCGUAUAGCUCCAAUGCUUGCCCGACUAGGAUAUGAUCCUUUUGCAAACCCACCAAAAUAUGGUAAUCCAGAUGCACUAGUGGUCAACAACACCCACAGAGUCUUAAAAGGGGACUUUAAAACGCCGAGCAGCCUGAAAGGAUUUGUCCAGAUCCAUCAGAAUAACUCGUCCCACUGGUGACAGGAGCAAUCAGGUUUCAAGUUAACCUCAUCAUCAAGA